UCUCCGUCCUCUUCCUCUCUCCGUCCACUCCCUCUAUCCGUCCUCUUCCUCCCUCCCUCCGUCGUCUUCCUCCUCUUCCACUUCUCCCCUCGUCCCAGCCAGUCGAUGCAGCUUGCGACUACAAUUUGGCCGGUGAAUUUGUGUGUGUGUGUACAGCGAUGGCGUCGACCGCCGCGUGCAUGGGGUUGUCCCUCACUUCUUCGUCCUCUUCCUUUGCUGCGCCUCUGUCCCAGAAUCUCACCAAUGUAUCGUUCACCGGGUUGAAGAUGGUGCCUUCUCUGAAGCGGGUGAGCGUGAAGAAAUCCUUGCAAUGCCAGUCGACUGCUAAAGUCGGGAAGGUCGUGGCCAUGGCGGUGGCGCUCCCUAAGUUGACAUUCGAGGGCGAGGCAGCCGGAGAGGUGGAGAUGGACCUGCGAACGGCGCGGCCUGAGACGGCCAAGGCCGUUGUGCACAGGGGUGUGAUUUGUGAAAUGCAGAACAGGAGGAGGGGAACAGCUUCGACCUUAACGAGGAGUGAGGUGCGAGGAGGAGGAAGGAAGCCUUACAAACAGAAGGGUACCGGAAGGGCUCGCCAGGGGUCUAUUAGGACGCCUCUUCGUCCUGGUGGUGGUGUAGUGUUCGGCCCUAAGCCCAAGGAUUGGUCUAUUAAGAUCAACAAGAAGGAGAAGAGAUUAGCCAUUAGCACUGCUCUGCAAAGUGCUGGCGCGAACACUGUUGUCGUGGAGGAUUUUGAGGAAAAAUUCUCUACGCCUAAGACGAAAGAUUUUAUGUCUGCUUUGAAGAGAUGGGGCGUCAAGCAAGGGGAGAAUUCCCUUUUGUUUUCGAUGAAUCCUUCAGAAUCGCUCGUGUUGUCUAGCAGGAAUGUAAAUACUUUCAAGCUUAUCUCACCCCGGAAUCUGAACCUUUACGACGUCUUGAGGGCCGACAAAUUGAUUCUAACUGAGUCGUCGGUGAAGUACUUAGAGCAACAGUAUGGCACAUCUGGGUCACAUGAAAUCGUUGCUGGGGAUGUUGAGGGAGAGGAAGAGGAAGGUUCCAUUGAGUAGGCCAAUGAAGGGGUUGUAGAGCCUGAAGCGUAUGUGUUUAAGAGUUAGGGUUUAAAUGCUUACUGCAAUUAGGUGAAAGUACAGUCGGGCUUCAGUGCUGAUUUUUUAGACCCAGUAACUCCUGUCAUCCUCACAUGUAUGUGACCUCCAGGAUACUCAUGUGCUCUCUGGCCCUCGGAGUAAGCAGAAUGUGACUUUGGUCUAUUACUAACAUUCGUCUCUCAAAUUCUUCAUUUUUUGGUAAUAUAUUUCAAUAUCUUCAAAGCGUUGCUAAAUUCAA